AUGUUCUCUGGGCCCAUCUCGGAAGGGGCCAGCAUGACCCUGCAGUGCACCAAGUCUGCGGGACACUGGAAGAUGGUGGUGUGGGACGAGGAGGGCUUCCAGGGUCGGCGGCAUGAGUUCACAGCCGAGUGCCCCAGCGUGCUGGAGCUGGGCUUCGAGACCGUGCGAUCCUUGAAAGUGCUGAGCGGGGCGUGGGUGGGCUUCGAGCACGCCGGCUUCCAGGGGCAGCAGUACGUGCUGGAGCGCGGCGAGUACCCGUGCUGGGACGCCUGGAGUGGCAACACGGCCUACCCGGCCGAGAGGCUCACCUCCUUCCGGCCUGUGGCCUGCGCUAACCACCGCGACUCGAGGCUGACCAUCUUCGAGCAGGAGAACUUCCUGGGCAGGAAAGGAGAGCUGAGCGACGACUAUCCCUCCCUCCAGGCCAUGGGCUGGGACGGCAAUGAAGUGGGCUCCUUCCACGUCCACUCUGGGGCCUGGGUUUGCUCUCAGUUUCCUGGAUACCGAGGUUUUCAAUAUGUGCUGGAAAGUGAUCACCACUCGGGCGACUACAAGCAUUUCCGGGAGUGGGGCUCCCACGCACAGACCUUCCAGGUGCAGAGCGUUCGCAGGAUCCAGCAGUGA